CUAAAUUUCUUUUAUUUUUUUUAUUUUUUUUUCUUCCUAUUUAUCGUCUUUAUUUCCACUCGUCUUUUUGUUUCUCUGCUCCUUCUCGUGAUUUGCAUUUUACUCUUUCCGCUUUCAGCUUUCUCUCGUUUCCUCUCUCUCUCUCUCCAAACCCUAACCCUAACCAAUAAAUCUCCCAAAUUUCGCCAUUUUCGAUCUCGAGCCCAUCUGAAACCCUAAGCUCGAGAUCUCAGCUGAAGCGGCUCCGGUAUGCCUUCGAUCCUCCCCUUUUCUCGGAUUUUGGUAAUGCUCAUAGCCCUAAAUAACAGCAACGUGGGCCUUUCUGGUUCCACUGCCAAUAUACUUGGAGAAAAUCAAUUCAAGAUAUCUUUCUGCCUUGUCUAAUAUCCAUCCAUUGCAAAUGAGAGGCUUCCUGCGUUCAUCUUGUUAGAUUAAACAGAUAGCCAAGUGCUUUAAUAAAUGGGUUCAUCUGGUGGAGUCUCUGAGAUUGUUGAGUCAAACGAGGAUGGCAUAAUUGAUCAUUUUAAAGGAUCUAAUACAUUAACUAUUAAGGUGAAAGGAGAAGGUUCCAAAUCACAAGGUCACCCUACAGAAGAUAGCCUUAAUAGACUAAUAAAGUCAAUUGAUUUAGGAUCUUCUCACGAGAUUGCUACAAAAAUGCUGCGGAAUAAUGCUCAAAAGAAGCCUAUGAAAGCUGGGGUAUCCCAAGCAUCAGGGAUAGGGAUCUCUGAAUCUGUAACUUUGAAGCACGCACUCAGAAAGUAUUGUAUUUCGCAUGCUUCAGAGAUGGCUGCUAUGAAGAGGGUAUCAAAACCAUCUGCCGUAUCUGAUGUCUCUGAAGCUGGGACAAUUAAAAGGCUUUUGGCAUCUGUAGUGGUUCCAAUGAGUGAGUCCGGAGAAAAUGGAAAAUUGGUAGAAAUAUCCCUUGUCCAUGAGAAGGCUAUGAAGGAUUCAGAAUCAACCAAUGGAUCCUCUGUCCCUUCUCCGCAUCAUGCCGCUUCACCCACUGCCAAGGAACAGAAAACCAGAAUCCAAGAUGUGAUAGCAUCCACAGAAAAUGCAGACUAUUCGUCCACUCCUAAAACAACUAGGGUAAAAGGAAAACCAUUUUUUAAGAAUUAUGUACAUAGCUCCAAGAAAGCUGUUGAUUCAAGCAAGCUUACCAUGGGUUCUCGCCAGAUUAAGCCUAUAAAAACGAACACCAAAAGGAAAGGAAAACAGGGAUUAGUUUCAGCACUUGGCAAUUCUAAUAACUGUACCCAAGUGAAUAAAGGUGGUGGUUCCCUAACUGAAAGUAAAUCAGGUUCUCGAAAAGAACCUGUUUUUCCAGCGGCCAGCAAUACGCAUACUCCUGAAAGCAAGGUUAAUGAUGGGGCAGCAAGCAAACCUGAUGUUACUCCAAAUAGCUGCAAGGUUGGUAUAGAUGAUGGUGUUAAGGUGACCGGAAACUCAAGAACAAGGGAGAAGGGGGAAUCUUCUCAAAGCUCGAAAAGCAGCAUUGCGGAUUACAGCAGCAGCACUAGCAUGAGUGAUGAGAGCCAUCAGAGUUCUAGCGGUAAUGGGAGUAGACCUCAUAUGUCAAAAGAUGUUAGGUGGGAAGCUAUCCAUUAUGUUGUGACUCAAUAUGGGAUCCUAGGGUUGAAAAACUUUAGGCUUCUCAAGAGGCUUGGUUGUGGAGAUAUUGGUACUGUUUAUCUUGCUGAGUUGACUGGUACAGAUUGCUUGUUUGCCUUGAAAGUGAUGGACGUUGAGUUCUUAUUGAGCAGAAAGAAGAUGUUGAGAGCACAAACUGAAAGAGACAUCCUUCAGAUGCUUGAUCAUCCAUUUCUACCGACUCUUUAUGCUAAUUUCACAACCGAUAACCUUGCUUGUUUGGUUAUGGAGUAUUGUCCUGGUGGUGAUCUCCAUGUACUUCGACAGAGGCAACUUGGCAGGAGUUUUUCUGAACCUGCUGCUAGGUUUUAUGUAGCAGAAGUCCUCCUUGCUUUGGAGUACCUACACAUGCUUGGGGUGGUAUAUCGAGAUCUCAAACCGGAAAAUAUCCUAGUUCGAGAAGAUGGUCACAUCAUGCUCUCUGAUUUUGAUCUCUCACUGAGAUGCGAAGUGAACCCAACUCUUCUCAGAUCCUCAUCAUUGGGCUCACAAGUGCCCGUGAAGAAGCUAUCAGGACCUUGUGCUGAAAACAGCUGCAUCGAGCCUCUUUGCCUCCAGCCAUCUUGGGUUCAAGUUUCUUGCUUCACACCCCGUCUUGUAUCUUCAACAACACAAAAAGUCCGCAAGCUUAAAUCUGACCAAAGUGGUCAAGUGAGCCCACUUCCACAGCUUGUGGUGGAGCCUACAGAUGCCCGCUCCAACUCUUUUGUUGGGACCCACGAGUAUCUGGCACCUGAGAUCAUCAGAGGAGAUGGGCAUGGGAGCGCAGUAGAUUGGUGGACCUUUGGAAUUUUCCUUUACGAGUUACUGUAUGGUAGAACACCCUUCAAGGGACCCGGGAAUGACGAAACCCUAGCCAACAUCAUCUCACAGAGUUUGAGAUUCCCCGAGAGUCCAGCUGUUAGCUUUCAUGCUAGGGAUUUAAUCAGGGCAUUGCUAGCAAAGGAGCCAGAGAACAGAUUGGGAUCAAGCAGAGGUGCAGCAGAAAUCAAGCAGCAUCCGUUCUUUGAUGGGAUGAAUUGGGCUUUGAUACGGUGUGCUGCACCUCCAGAGAUUCCAGCGAGUUAUGAUGUUGGAACCCCUCUCGGAGUGCGAAAGAAAAAGGAAGGUAAGUGUUUAGAUUUCAGGAGCAAUGGAGAUGAUGUCGAGUUUGAACUUUUCUAGUGGAAGUCGUUGGUAUGAAGACGUGAAGACUGGUU